AUGGCAAUUACAGAGAGGAGUGUUCUUGGAUCUGAGAUUACUAAUAGUCAUUCUAAUACUAUAUCCCCUAUAAAUGGUGGAAUGUUUAAUAAAAAAAGAUGUAGCAUGGAGAUAAAAAAUAAUAAUAAUAUUAAUGAAUCCGGUGGAGCAAUUUAUUUUAAUCCCCCAACAAAUAUGUCAGAAGAGGUUCAAAAUUUAUAUCUUGAGUCAGUUCAUUUUUCAAUUGAUGAUGAGGAAAAAUUAUUAUUGGAGGAGGAUAUUGAAACAAAUAGAGUAGAAUUUGGGACAAAUUUUAGAAAUAAAGCUGUAUCUAAAAUACAAUCAUUUCGGGAAAAUCAUUUAGAAUUAUCAAAUGGUGCAUUUCAUAGUAUUAAUCUUGUUAAUAAUAGGAAUGGAUCAAAUUUUUCAAAAUUAACAAGAUUAACAAAUGAAGAUACUGAUCAAGAUUCACCAUUAGAUGAAUUAAAUUUAAUUCUACCAAUAUCUGGUACAUCAUUUCCAAGUGUCAAACCAUUACAAAGUUGUAGUAGUACCUGGAGGAAAAUAAAAAAUAUUUUUUCAUGUUGUUACUCUUCACACCAAUCAACGUCAAUGGGUAUAUUAAAAUAA